AGUAGGCGUCAGUGCUGGCGGAAGGAGCUGGAAGCGGUGCCCGAGAGUCGCUGGCGGCGUCGGCCCCCGGAAAGAUGAUCCAGGCGAUUCUGGUGUUUAACAACCACGGGAAGCCGCGGCUGGUCCGCUUCUACCAGCGCUUCCCAGAAGAGAUUCAACAGCAGAUUGUCAGGGAGACUUUCCACCUUGUCCUUAAGCGGGAUGACAACAUAUGCAACUUCCUAGAGGGGGGAAGUUUGAUUGGCGGUUCUGACUACAAGUUGAUUUACCGGCACUAUGCCACUUUGUAUUUUGUGUUUUGUGUGGAUUCUUCCGAAAGUGAACUGGGGAUCUUGGACCUCAUUCAGGUUUUUGUGGAGACAUUGGACAAGUGUUUUGAAAAUGUCUGUGAGUUGGACUUGAUCUUCCACAUGGAUAAGGUACAUUAUAUCCUGCAAGAGGUAGUUAUGGGUGGUAUGGUGCUGGAAACAAACAUGAAUGAAAUUGUGGCUCAGAUUGAAGCUCAAAACAAAUUGGAGAAAUCAGAGGGUGGCCUUUCAGCAGCCCCUGCACGAGCUGUGUCUGCAGUGAAGAACAUUAAUCUCCCUGAGAUUCCUCGGAACAUCAAUAUUGGGGAUAUCAACAUCAAAGUUCCCAACCUCUCUCAGUUUGUCUGAGGACUGAAGGAGCAUUAGAUGGAUCAAGCAGAACUGAAUCUCUUUUAAAAGUCCAAGGCCAGACUGAUCAUGGAUCUGAGCAAAAUUUGAACCUUUUAGGAGCAUUAAGACCUAUGAUGUGAUCUCUUUUUUUUUUGGUCAGACUUAUAGGUGAGGGAUUAGGGAAAAGUCAGUGUCAUUAUAUCACAAUCUCUGUGCACAUAUCCAACAUGAAGUUCUUCAUUGCCUAUAGGUACAACAUUCAUGUAAGGGAUGCAUAUCCUUCCUAAGUAAGUCAGCUAGCAUUCUCAAAUUUCCUGCCCCACUUUCUUCUGCAUGCUGAAUCUCCCUAAGGGUGGUGGUUGUGGUUUGAGUUAGUCCCCCCCAGAUUCUGGUGGGGCCAAUGUCUAAAGCUCAUUAUUCUCAGUGCCACAAGAUUCUUGUGGUUAUUAUACCUUUCUGUUAGGUGCCAAGGAUUGGCUCUUUAGAUUCAGAUUCAGGAAAGCUGGCUUUCCUCUGAAGUCUAUCAGGAAAUGGUAGGGGUGGGGAAACUAAUUUUCAUAGUUUCAUAGAUUUCUGAAUCACCUGCUGGCUGGAUUAAGGUAUGGCCAAUAUUCUUCUGUCUAACCAUGUCUUUUUAUAGUAAAAUAACAUUUUCCUUCCAAGAAAAUAUCUUCUUAUUUGGCAAGAAUCCAAGAUAUGUUUUUUAUCUUUUAUGAAAAGUAUAUGGUCCGAAACAUGACAGCAGCUUAUCCAUUGUUCAUGGCUUAUCCCUGGAUUGACAAUGGAUUUACAGACAACCAACUUCUCAACAGAUGACAAAUCUAAUAAGCUCCCUGCCUUCGGAAUGAUCUUAGCUAAAAGAAUACUUUGGGGGCUGGGAGCCUUACUUUUGUAGCAGUUAAUGUGAAAUGAUAUUUGGAUUGUUUUAGGUUUAUAGUUCUCUUGUGGUCUUUUGUGAAGUCUUCUCUUGGUUAACCUUCACUUGGGAGUUCAGGGCUGAAUGUUGCUUCUACCUCCUCUAUAUCAUAAAACCAUUGCACUUCCAUAUAAAAGAAUAGAUCAGGGAUCAGGUAGAAGUGAAGGAGCUAUGUAUUUAUGGCAGGGAUCAGAGUGAGGAGUGGAAUUGUUCAAGGACUAUGGUGAGUAGUAUCAAAGUGACAGCUGAAUCCUAGGUUGAGGAUAAUCUAUUAAUGAGUUUAAAGAGGCCCUUCCUGAGUUUCAGGACAGGGUGUGUCCCUUUCCUUUCUGAUAAUAAAUAACCCUCCAUAACUAGUAUAUCUCCUUUUUUAUGAUAAAUUUAUUGCUAAACUGCCCAUAGUAAUAUCCAAAUUCAAAUUCCUAUCCCUCCCAAUUGCCUUUUCACUGGACCUGCUCAGAGCCUGUAACCUAGUUAUUUCAACAGCACACUAUCUUACCUGUGUGGUCAAACACAUCCUUUUGUCUUGUAAUAAAUCUUAAUUUAAGAGGAA